AUGUCCUUGGGCGUUUCGCUGUCACAGCUGAUAGUCGAGCAACCAGAGCCAUUCUUAAGUGGUUAUGAGGCGCUGGACCAAGUUUUGAAAGGAUUCCAACCUAAAUGCAUCUAUGAAGUAUUUGGUCUACCUGGGAUGGGUAUAGCUGAAAUCGGCACAAACUUGGCAAAAGGAGCUCUCCAGACAAAUCGCUCGACGCUAUGGAUUGAUGCACACCAUACAACGCCACUAUAUGAUCUUGAAGGCUUGGACCAUGUCAAAUUCGACAAGUUUACACAAUAUGUGUUUUACUUCCAACAACUGGCAGAGCAGAGUCGAGGAGAGAUCUAUGAGCAGGAAAGGAAAUACGAACUGAUUGUGAUUAGAGGACUAUCCAAAGUAGUAUCAAGCUACUUACACAGUACCUCAUCCUCCCAAGCUAUUGAUUCUGUCCAUCAGUUUAAGAACAAGAGUCUUAUUACGCUGUUCACAGCGAUGACCAAGUACGCUCAACGCUACAAGACAGCCAUUGUGAUGUUCAACGAUGCCAUGAACACAGGAUACACAACGAGUGGGUCGCAUAAUAAUUCCAAUGAAUCCUGGACCGCGCAGUUCCAAUCCUACACUGAAGAAUCUCCAUUUUUGGUCAGAAGUAGCAAACGCAAGGCGGUCCAGGUACUACGAAGUGCGUUGGUGGCGAACCUCGGCGUCGGGAGCAAGGACCAGGUGUGGGAGGUGUUUUUGAAGCGACGGAUUGGGAUUUUCUUGGAAUGGGAUCGGUCCAGGCCUUGGAAUCGGGUUCCUAGCAAGCACAGAAUAGCAAUGGUGCAAGAUCUCAGUAUAGGACCGGAUGGUGAUGUUAUCGUACCGUUAAUGCAUGAUAACAAAAGCCCCAUCAAGCAACUGGACGCAAAGACGCACGUCAGUCAAGGACAGGUGCUGCCAGGCGAACCAUGCGCACAACAGAACGGUGGUGCGCAAAACGCCAAGGAACCAGAGGGCCCAGAUGCAGUUUCUGAUCGGGAAAAACAGAAUACAACGCAGGCGAGGCCCUCAAGUGGACAUGAGGAUAGCUAUUCCUCUUUCUUUUCGCAAGAAGCCAAGCGAUCCAGACUCUCACCGAAUGAAUGGUCCACUUUACCAUUUACACCUAGACUGACCGACUUGCACGAAGCUGCAGACAAGGAAGAGACUCCAAAAGAUACAGCAGUACUGUACGACAGUGAGGGAGAGGGAGAGGGAGAAGCAGUAUAG